AUGGACUCCGGAGAAAUUAGCGCUUUGCAAAAUUAUAGUCGAGUUGAGAAGAUUGGCGAAGGAACAUAUGGAGUGGUUUACAAAGGCAUCGAUAAACGAUCAGGAAAGAUGGUUGCAAUGAAGAAGAUUCGUUUGGAAAAUGAAGAUGAAGGAGUUCCAGCAACAGCAAUUCGAGAAAUUUCAUUGCUUCGAGAAUUAACUCAUCCAAACAUUGUUGCUCUUGAAGAAAUCAUACUUGAAGAGAAUCGGUUAUACUUGAUUUUUGAAUUUCUCUAUAUGGAUUUGAAGAAAUACAUUGAUACAGUUCCUGACAGUGAGUUGAUGAACAAAGAAUUGCAAAAAUCUUACUUAUAUCAAAUAUUGCAAGCUAUUUGUUUCUGUCACCAGAGGCGUGUUCUCCAUCGUGAUUUGAAACCACAGAAUUUACUGGUUGAUCAAAAUGGUGCGAUUAAACUUGCAGAUUUUGGUCUUGCAAGAGCUAUCGGUAUUCCAAUAAGGGCUUACACUCAUGAAAUUGUCACUCUCUGGUAUCGAGCUCCUGAAGUACUUCUUGGCGCAACUCGUUAUUCUAUGGGAGUCGAUAUAUGGAGCAUCGGAUGCAUAGCUGCUGAGAUGGCUACAAAAGUGCCGCUAUUUCAGGGCGAUUCAGAAAUUGAUCAGAUUUUUCGCAUUUUCCGAAUAAUGUCGACUCCUACUGAAGAUAUUUGGCAUGGAGUUACCCAGCUUCCAGAUUUCAAGAUGUCAUUCCCUCAAUGGAAGGAAGAUGGUUUGCGCAAAAUUCUUGACCCUUAUAUGGAUCCUGAAGCCAUUAAGAUUUUGCGUGACAUGCUUAUUUACGAUCCGGCACAACGAAUCUCAGCGAAACAGCUACUGAAGAAUCCAUAUUUUGAUGAUGUUGAUCGAAAAAAACUUCCAGCUGGCAAUUAUGAUGGGACGUUGGUUUUACCUCCUCGAUAUAUCUGA